AUUCUGUUGUAUUCCAAAUUUAUAAUGUAUACAAAGCAUCUAAAGCAUUAUUAAUAAAGCAUACAUCCAUUAUGUUAAGAGCUUAUAAACCUUGGCUUUCCAGCACGAUUAUGCAUAUUGUUUCCUGACAGGUCGCAUACUUAUACAAAUCGACAUCGCAGUGAUAGAAUAUGAUGCACUGCAAGAUAUAAAUGCAUCUAAAAACUAUAAAGUUUGCUCCGUGUAACCUCAGUUCUUAAUAUAGCCCUGAAAAACUUCACUUACCGUCGAUCUUUCUUGGUUGCUUGUACUUAAACCGUAGAGAAUACUGGAGUAAAACAAAGUAUAAUGCAUCGAUGAUGUUGCAUCCAAAUAGUUAUGAACCCUACUCGUCCGUAUCAUUUCAACACAAACAACCAACUUCUCCACACCCUGACGCCGUCAGCGAUGACAACAAAAGCAAUACCCGUCAUCGAGAAGCCUUUCUCGAUGCCCUCAUGGACAGCCGACCACAAGUAAUUACUCCAACACUAACAAAGCCGACAUCGAAAUUACGACGAUGGCGCUGGCGACGAUAUCGACAACACAUCCUCUUUGCACUACUGGGCUUAUUACUUUUACUGUACUGCUUCCAAAACACAAUCGCCAUAUACUUUGCAUUCUUUCGCAUUAAGUUUGACAAUGCACUUUUUGACCGAGGCUGGAUACCGUGCGGCGUUCUACGAAAGCAACCAAUGUUGUACGUCCAAGAUACACAGCACAUUCAGGUAGUUUGGGAAAUGAACUGCCCGAGAGACAUGACAAUAGCGUGGAGCAAGAAUCAAUUGGAAGCUCAAGUGACAGAGCAAGUGGUCGAUGCUGUUGUUCUGGACGAUCGGCACGCACUCUACAAGGCAACCAUUGGCCCGCUCGACAUUAGUGGCCAGUACGUUUACAAGAUUGAAACGCAGCGGCCAAGGCGCCUGAUGGCUAAGCAUAUAUUUCGAUGGCACGCAACGACACGAGAGCCGAUACGCAUGGCUGCCAUGGCCGACAACCAGUUUGGAUUGAGGACAUUUGUUUCGCUCUUGCGACGUAUCAAGAACGUGGACUAUCUAUUACAUGCUGGUGACGCCGUCCAGAACUACCCUUCUUUAAGGCAAUGGCAAACCGAUUUCGUGGGCCCUUUGACGUUCUUUAGACUCGGCCAGCGUAUGCCCAUAAUUUAUGCUCACGGAAAUCAUGACCAUGACCCUACGUAUGAGUAUCAUUACACACGCGUGAGUCCGUCCAGCGAUCCAUGGUUCGCAUUCUCUAUGGCAGGAGGCGCCAUUCGAUUCGUGGUAUUGGACAGCAAUUUGGAUUGGGAGCAGCAAGAUACCUGGCUCAAGCAUGAGCUCGCAAGCACUGCAUUCCAAAAUGCUGAGAUGCGGGUCGUUGUGGUGCAUGUACCGCCAUUUAUUGAAUACUGGGAACCAGACGGAUGGUUUAAAAAAGGCCAGAGCAAGUGGGGCGCAUUUGUCAAGGACCGGUUUGUUCCCCUAUUCGAAAAGUAUGGCGUGGAUCUCGUCAUUUCGGGCCAUCAGCAUAAUUAUGAACGCGGCCAACGGAACGGAAUCCAUUAUACGAUUAUCGGUGGUGCAGGUGGGGAUUUGGACUUUGAGCGUGUGAAGGAUUGGCAAAUGUAUGAAGCACGGUCUGUGGAGUUCCAUUACGUUAUUCUCGAGUUCAGACCUCCUACAAUGCAAGGCCGACCUUGGGAAUUGGUGUGGGACACAUAUGACCUCCACGGAAACACGAUCGAUACUAUGAAAGUGUAUUCCAAAUCGCGGAUACCCGUUUACGAACCUGCUGAGCCGGUCCUCGGUGAAGGUGCUGUUGCCGGAGAUACGAUCGAGGAACUGACGUAUAACGACCUAUUAGAUGAUAACCCACAACUAGAGGAAGAAAAUAUUGAUGACGAUGAUAUCGAGCCUUAACUGUACCAUAUUCUCUCUUUUGUAACAAAUGAU